AUGCAAUCGGGUCCUUCAUCUCCAAUGGCGACUGCGAACCAGCACAGAAAGCUUCUCCUUAAUGAAAAAGUUGAGGUGAGGAGUGUGGAAGAGGGAUUUCUGGGUUCAUGGCACAGUGGUAGAAUAAUUGGUUGUGAAGAUUUGGCUCGUGUAGUCCAAUACGAUCACCUUCUCGAUGACGGGGGUUAUUCUAAUUUGACCGAUCGGGUGAAGGUGAGUCCUAUAAUUGAUGGUGCUGCCGUUGAUGACAUUUUGGUGUCUGAAAACUACCGGGGCUUGAUAAGGCCUUUGCAGCCUUUGGAUGCUCUGAGGCAAUGGCAUCUGCACUAUGGACAAUGUGUUGACCUUUUGUAUGAGGAUGCUUGGUGGGAAGGUGUCAUAAUUGAUCAUGAAGACGGACGUGAACAAAGAAGGGUUUUCUUUCCUGACAUGGGUGAUGAAAUGGUGGCCCAGAUAGACAUGUUGCGGUUAAGUAAAGAUUGGGAUGAGAUUACUGGGGAGUGGAAACUUCGUGGAAAUUGGUUGUUUCUUGAACUCAUAGAGGAAGUUGAGAAGGACUGGCCGCUGCCUGUAUCUGUGAAGCAAAUUUGGUAUGAAGUAAGGAUGAAGAAUGAUUUUCAAAAGGUUAUGGAAUGGACUUCUUCUGGAAAGUAUAUUUGGAGAGAACUGGUGUUGCAGGUUUUGUAUGAAAAUUUAAGGAUCACUAUCGAGCAGCUCUUCUCAGAGUUGAAUUCUUCCUGGAAUGUGGAGGAGCUUGGGCAACCUUUGCUGGAAUUUUCUGAGUCUGCUUUGGAUGUGGUUCUGAAAGCUGGAGGACUUUUGCCUGGUUCGCUCUCCGUUGUACCCCUUGAAGCUACUUUCCAGUACGCUGCUAAUGAAGGAACUCUACAUAAUGAUCUGAAAAGCAGUGAGAAGGUCCCAGAACAGAAUGAUGAAGGUCUCAUCUCAAUCAUGCCCACCAAUGAGCUAACUGUAUCCGGACCGAACAUUCGUUCGCCAGUUCCGUGUCAUAAUGCAAAUGAAGAUUAUGUAACUGGUUGUGGUAAUAACAAAGAAGCUCCUGCUAUAAGAAAGAAAUCUUCACUCAAAGAAAGACAUUCAACACGGAAAAAGACACCUGGCUGGAGGUCAUGCGUACCCAAGAAGGUACCUGGAGCUGAGUUUUGCCCUGAUGCUCUUUAUGAGUGUAGGAAGUUAUUUAGAUCGAAUAAAAGGCCUCGAAAGAAGCUAACACUGAAUGCUAGAAAACAUCUGUUGCAUUUGGGUUGGAAAAUUGAGUAUUUUACAGAUAAGCUAGUGUCUAGAUUCCGGUAUUAUUCUCCUGAGGGGAAAUUAUUUAAUUCACUGGCUAAGGUUUGUAUGAAGUUCGACUGGGCAUCUCAGGACUUGGAACCUGGAUCUUCAAUGAUUAUGAGCACAAAUAUUGGCCAGAAAAGUUCUUUGUGUUUAUCUGAAGAAACGGAUGUACCUCCACCGUCUAGAAAAUCCCUUGCUUCCAGUAAACUCAUUAAGGGAAACACUCUUGAUAGGCCUGUCUUCGAGCCCGAUUAUUGUCCUGAGGCAGUGAGAGAUUACUAUUCAAUAUACCAAAGAAGUGGUGGCUCAGAUAUGAACUCCAAGUUGAUAGCCCUGAAAGCAAAGAAGCACUUAUCUGCGAUUGGGUGGUCAUUCUAUUACCACAUGAAAGGAAACAAGAAGGAAACACGAUAUGUCUCACCGAGUGGUGUAUUGUAUUACUCCCUUAUUUCAGUAUGCGACUGGUGUAUUAAAACUAAUGCUCUGUCUUCAAGUGAGCUGUCUCCUACCAUAGGGAGAAUGGUAAAUGAGAAUAUUCUUCCAUUGGUCCCUGAGGAGUCUGUAGGAAAAUUUCGUUCAGUCAAUGAGAAACCUUUGAAUCUGUCAAAUGAGUCCUCUGAAAUCUCAAUGUUGAAAGCACUUGUUCCGUCAGUUGAUGGCGAAGUUUAUAAAACCAGAAUUUCGAGGAAGAAGAGAAAACCUGGUAAAUCACGUUGCAUUAGUGGCUCAGAGUUGUCCAAGAGACGAAGGAAAUCUUGUGGUUCAAUGAAUGUAAGUAGCUCCAUGAGUGCUGAUUCUCCAACCCAAGGUCGACGAUCAAGUAAAAGAGUUAGGGACAAAAUUGCAUCGUCUUCUCAACAAACUCCUCGAACUAUCUUGUCUUGGUUGAUUGACAAUAAUGUUGUUCUGCCAAGAACAAGUGUUUAUUAUCAUAAUAAGAAGAAUGGCCCUCCAUUAGCUGAAGGCCGGAUAGCUCGUGAAGGGAUCAGAUGUAAUUGCUGCGGAGGAAUCUUUUCUCUUUGUAAAUUUGAAAGUCAUGCUGGUAGCACUAACCACAGACCAUCAGCACAUAUUUUCUUGGAAGAUGGGAGGUCUUUGCUGCAGUGUCAGUUGCAGCUGAAAAAACACAACACAAUCAGAUUUUGGAGGUCAGAGUCACGAGCAGUGAAGAAACGUAAACACAGUAAAACAAACGACUACAUAUGUUCUGUCUGUCACUAUGGAGGUGAAUUGGUCUUGUGUGACCAGUGUCCAUCCUCAUUCCAUACUCAAUGCCUUGGUCUAAAGGAGGUUCCUGAAGGUGAUUGGUUCUGCCGCUCGUGUUGUUGUCAAAUUUGUGGCCAGAACACACUCGAAGAAACAAAUGGACAAGACAGGGACACUUCUGUUCGCAUUUGUUGUCAAUGUGAGCACAGAUAUCAUGAUGAGUGUCUUCGGAAAGAGGGGAGUAAAGAUCGCAGUCGUAAAGGAUAUUGGUUCUGCGGAGAUACAUGUGAACAGGUAUUUUGUGGUCUGCACAAGAUUCUGGGGAAAUCAUUUCCUGUCGGGACUGAAAAUUUGAACUGGACUUUAAUGAAAUGCAUAAAAUCCAAAUCUUAUGAUCAUGAUGCAUCUGAUGAUGAGGAUUUAAUUGAAGAUUACAGUAAGCUUAAUAUUGCUGUGACUGUGAUGCAUGAAUGUUUUGAGCCUGUCAAAGAGCCUGGCACUAGGAGGGAUCUGGUGGAAGAUGUUAUUUUCAGCAGAUGGUCAGAGCUCAAGCGUUUGAACUUUCAAGGGUUUUAUACAGUACUAUUGGAGAAGAAUGAUGAAAUGAUAUCUGCAGCUACAGUGAGAAUAUAUGGCAAAGCAGUGGCAGAAGUCCCUUUGGUUGCCACACGCUUUAAAUAUCGACGACUUGGGAUGUGUCGGAUUUUGAUGGAAGAACUUGAGAAGAAACUCAUUGAAUUAGGAGUGCAAAGGUUUGUUUUGCCAGCCGUGCCUUCUGUAUUAAACACUUGGACCAUGGGAUUUGGGUUCUCCGUGAUGAAUGAAUCAGAAAGAUUAAAGCUUCUGGACUAUACCUUCUUAGACUUCCAGGGGACAAUAUUUUGCCAGAAAGCUCUGACAAGUAAUCCUUCCCCAGUAGCAUCAAGCCUACUUACUGGAACACAGGCAGAAAGUUGUGAACAUGUGAACAAAAAUGUCAACAUUGAGUUAAAUGGAAACAGUACAGCUUCUGAAGAUUUUCACGGGGAAGUAGUAGAAGAGACCGAUAUUAUGGUGCGAGGAUCUACAGGAGUUGCAGCAGUUUCAGACAGAGAAAAUGGCAAUUGCUCGGAUCAUUUGGCCAUUGUGGUGAAUCAAUCGGAACCCUCUAACUGCUCGCCUUUGAACCUCAAGAUCGUGUUAGAGUUCCCUUCAGGAGUGACUGAUAACAAACCAGAUGAAAACAAAACUGAGGGAGUUAUUAAGUGCUACAAGCGAAGGAAAUAUUUAUCAUGCUGA